AAACCAGAAAUGUCGACAUGUUGCUUGAAUCUAAUAUAUAACCCAAGGGUUUUUUAAUUUUACUGACUCUGGAAAGAUCAAAUAAGAUAAAAAAAAAAUCCCUAAAAUGGCGAACGAGGAGGCUCUGAAGUCUCUCAUGUUUACGCUGAGCUACAUGCUAAUGAAACGGCGCAGGGACAUAAACAGCGCAGAGACACAAAGACGGCGUGAAGUUCAGCGGCGGGUCAGACACAGGCAGUAUUUCCUACAGAGACAGAGGAGGAUGCUUAUGAUGCUAAUAGCUCAAGGCACACGCCCCGUGACUGUAGCUCGAACUCGUGCUUGGUCCAACACUCCAAGCACUGAUUGGUGGGAGCGAGUGGUCCUAACAGAGUUCCAGCCCUCUGAUUGGCUGGAGCGCUUCCGUAUGAGCAAAGAGACCUUCUUUCACAUUUGCAACAAGCUGAAGCCCUGGCUGGCACGACAGGACACGUGUCUGCGCCCUGCUCUACCCCUCGAGAAGCGGGUGGCCUUGGUACUGUGGCGCCUGGCCUCGAACGUCGAGUACCGCACCAUUGGGGAGCUGUUCGGAGUGGGACGCUCGACUGUCUGCAAGUGUGUGCGUGAGGUGUGCCAUGCCAUCGGAGCAACGCUGCGCCCACUGUACCUCCGUGAGCCAAGUGAACAGGAGCUGGAAGAUGCAGCACGCCUGUUCAGUACUCGCUGGGGCUUUCCGCACUGCGUGGGUGCCGUCAGCAGCCUCCACGUGCCCAUCAUCGCACCAUCCGCUGACGCUGAUAGCUACUGGAACAGCCGUGGCUGGCAUUCAGUCAUUACACAAGGCACAGUUAAUGGCCUCGGGCAGUUCUGGGAUGUGUGCGCAGGCUUCCCAGGUGGCUCUGAACCUGCAUCCAUUUUGCAAAACUCCUCUCUUUGGACUCUGGGCUGUGAGGGCAGGUUAUUGCCCCAGUCUCUACCUCGAAACUUUAUGGGCAAGCAGUUGGGGUCUGUAAUCCUAGGGGAUGCUGGGUAUCCUCUUCAGACCUGGUUACUGAAAGCCUACGACAAGUCGCACAAUCUCACGGCUGGGCAGCGCGCAUUCAACCGGCGCCUGGAGAGAGCACGUGCCAUCGUGGACGAGGCAUUCCUGAGGCUCAGGGCACGCUGGCAGUGCCUUUUAAAGAGGAACGAUUGCCACGUGGACGGGGUGCCGGCCAUGAUCGUAGCAUGCUGCGUGUUGCACAAUAUGUGCGAGGUGCACGGCGACGAGUUGGCAGAGGAGUGGCUGGAGGCAGCAAGGCGGGAGGAGAGCCCCAUGCCCACUCACAUGGUCCCCGUCUUGGACGAUGAUCCAGCUGGGGAGGAAGUGCGAGAACUCUUCUGCCAGUAUUUCCUGCAGCAAGAGCAUCAGCAGAACCAGCAAGAGCAACAGGACUGAAGCAGGGUCUAAACCAACUUGUUUGGAUUCACUGGAUUGUGAACACUGGAGAUUUCCAGCAUUUAGCAGACACUCUUAUCCAGAGGGACUUGCAGAAGUGCAUUGGUGGCACAGGGUGAUGUGAGUGAACUUGGUGAGGUUGAACACCAUGUUGGUGUUUAUUUAUUUUUUUCUUGAAAGUUAGCAUUUUCAGAAUUUACAUUUGCUGUACUGUGAAUAUUUCUUAUUGCAGGAGAUUGGUAAAGACCGACUAGGGCAAGAGGACUAGAGAGGGAUUUCUGUCCAUCACUUUUUAUGCCGGGUUUAAAUUUGUACAUAUGAAACAUUAAUGGAAACAGCACACAUGCUAAAAAAAAAAAAAAGCACAAAAAUCACACUUGCGUUUCCUUUUAUCACAGUUUUACUACAGCGAUGCUUUUCAUCUGUCUACCAGUAAACAAAGAGAACCCAAUUACACAAAUGAGACAAAAAUAUUAUACUUGGUCAUUUAUUUAUUAAGGAAAAUGAUCCAAUGUUACAUAUCUGUGUGCAGCAAAAGUAUGUGAACCUCUAAGAUUAGCAGUUUAAUUUGAACGUGACAUUAGAGUCAGGUGUUUUCAAUCAAUGGGAUGAUGAUGAUCAGGUGUGAGUGAGCACCCUGUUUUAUUUAAAGAACAGGGAUCUAUCAAAGUCUGAUCUUCACAACACAUCUGUGGAAGUGUAUCAUGGCACGAACAAAGGAGAUUUCUGAGGACAAGGUUCUGCAGUUUGCUAAAGAUCACGUGGAUAAGGAAGAGGGCUAUUGGAAAAAUGUUUUGUAGAUGGAUGAUGAGGAAAGGGAAGGAAAACACUGCAUUCUAGCAUAAGAACCUUAUCCCAUCUGUGAAACAUGGUGGUGGUAGCAUCAUGGUUUGGGCCUGUUUUGCUGCAUCUGGGCCAGGACGACUUGCCAUCAUUGAUGGAACAAUUAAUUAUAAAUUAUCCAGUGAUUUCUAAAGGAAAAUGUCAGGACAUUUGUUCAUGAACUGAAUGUCAAGAGAAAAUGGGUCAUGCAGCAAGACAUUGACCCUAAGCACACAAUUUGUUCUAUCAAAGAAUGGUUAAAGAAGAUAAAGUUAAUGUUUUGGAAUGGCCAAGUAAGAGUCCUGACUUUAAUCCCAUAGGAAUGUUGUGGAAGAACCUGAAGCAAGUGGUUCAUGUGAGGAAACUCGCCAACAUCCCAGAGUUGAAGCUGUUCUGUACUGAGGAACGGGCUAAAAUUCCUCCAAGCCGAUGUGCAGGACUGAUCAGCAGUAACAGGGAAUGUUUAGUUACAGUUAUUGCUUCACAAGGGGGUCACACCAGACACCGAAAGCAAAGGUUCACAUACUUUUGCCGCUUACAGAUAUGUAAAAAUAUGUAAUUGGAUCAUUUUCCUCAAUAAAAAAAUGACCAAGUGUAAUUUUUUUGUCUCAUUUGUUUAAUUUGGUUCUCUUUAUCUACUCUUAAGACUACUUUUAUGCAGAAAGCUAGAAAAUUCUAAAGGGUUCACCAACUUUCAAGCGCCUACUGUGGUGUCCUUCAUAAUAUUUAAUUGAAGAGACAAAAAUGUACAUUAUUAUUAAUAUUACUAGUAAACAAGUCAUGAUAAAAGUAACAUAAUCUAAUAAUGUGUAUUAAGAAAUAUUUGUUUUUGUAGGUCACUAUAAAAAAAUAGCAUUUUGAUAGCAUUUCACUCGAGUCCCGGAAAUCUCAGAACGUGUUUGUGUUGUUGCAGUUGCGCUUAUGGGGAUUUAGUAGUAAUAAUAGUGGCUCUGAGGUAGAGGCCAGAUUAAAACGAUGUAGAAGAUUAUAUUGUCACCAUUUAUAUCUUGUGGUUUUGAAUAAAGAAAUGUGGAAAUUAUGACUUGUUUCAUGGGUUGUUGUUUUUUUUAAUUCUACUAUUAUACUGUAAUUUCUUUAUUUUAAUUAUCCUGUAAAGCUUACAUGUCUGGUAUUGAUCCUUUGUGAUUUAAAGCUAUUACGACUGCUAGGAGGAGUAACUCGCUGCACAUAAGAAAGCAUUAGCGGAGAGGCGAGGCAGAGAUAGAGAGAGUAAAUAACACUCACAUUGUAUUGACCUUCACAUGUGGUAGGCCAAAAUUCUUCAUCCGGUCAUGAUCGGCAUCGUCACCGCAAACGCCAUGGUGACCGUGAUCUUCUGGACCUACCUUCUUUCCGAGUCCUUCUUCAAAUAUACCUUGAAGGAUGAGCCUAAGGUCGUGGUCUCUCCUGCAUAGGCACCA